CCCUCUCCUGCACCCUCCCAAACAUGGAGGAGCAUGUGCCCUUGGUGAAACUCCCUGAUAACAUGCACAGACCAUCCUGGAUAAAACAGAACAUCAAGAAGAAAAAGUGCUGCUUCUUCAAGGAAAGCAUCCAGUAUCCAGGGCUCUGUAUGUGUGGCUACCCCAGAGAUCUUCAUGUGGAUGAUGCUUUGAGGCCUAAUGAGUUUGUGGGUGAGACGUGGGACAGACACAAACACAUUCGGGAGGUGCCCACAGACGCCUAUGGAGACAUCAGGUUCAGUGGACUGAGGCAUAAAAUGGGAAAGUAUGUGCGAGUGUCCACAGACACCUCCACUGAUGCCCUAUACAAGCUGAUGACUGACCACUGGAAGCUCCGCCCACCUAACCUUCUAAUAUCUGUGGUGGGCGGAACCCGAAACUUCUACAUGAGGGCUCGGCUGAAGGACAUGUUCCGCAGGGGGCUGAUUAAAGUGGCCAAAACCACAGGUGCGUGGAUCCUGACUGGGGGCACGCAUGAUGGGGUGAUGAUGCAUGUCGGGCAGGCGGUGAGGGACUACGCCCUGACCACCAGCACAACAGAGGAUCAAAUUGUGCUAAUCGGCAUGGCAACCUGGGGGACUUUGCUCAACCGGCACGCUCUGGUGAAGACAAAGGACAACAGCGACAUCCCAGUUGAAUACUCCCCAGACAAACAGAAGCAGGGCAGGCUGUCCUCUCUGGACGCCAAUCACUCCCAUUUCCUGCUGGUGGAUGACGGGACGACCGGGCGGUACUGCGUGGAGUUUGCUCUCCGCAGCAAGCUGGAGAAACUCAUUUCCCAGCAGCCUCUGGGGGACAAAGGGAGUGGGCUGAAGGUCCCUGUGGUUUGCGUGGUGCUAGAUGGUGGAUACGGGACCCUGAAAAUGAUGUACAACACCAUUCUCAAUGGCACCCCGUGCGUGAUUCUGGAGGGCUCGGGGCGGUUGGCCGACGUCAUCGCCCAUGUAGCCAAGCUGCCCAUAGCCCAAGUCACCCUCGCCCUCAUUCGCCAGCUGAUGAUGAAGUUCUUUAGCCACCAGUACGAGGGGUUCAAAAAGGGCCGGCUCAUUGAGUGGACCAAGAAGAUCCAGGACAUUCUCAGGACGCCCCAGUUGCUGACCGUGUUCCGCAUCGAUGAGGAGGGACAGAAUGAUGUUGAUGUAGCCAUCCUCCGAGCUCUGUUCAAAGCUUCCCGGAGCAGUGGUUCUCCGGGCCAGGAAACCUGGGAGCAGAAGCUGAAGCUGGCAGUAGCCUGGAACCGUUCAGACAUAGCAAAGAGCGAGAUCUUCACUGAGGAGAGCCAGUGGAAGUCCAGUGACCUGCACGAGGCCAUGCGCUCAGCCCUAUUUGGCCACAAGCCAGACUUUGUGAAGCUGCUGCUGGAGAAUGGAGUGUGCCUGAGGAAGUUCCUGACCAACGACACCCUGCUCAAACUGUACAACCACCUGGAGAUGGGCUGCAUCUUCCAGCGCAGGCUGGCCAAGCGCAUGAAAAGCCAGAAGAGCUCUAUGUGUCUCAGCCACGUGUCCCAUGAGGUGCUCUACUACCUGGGUGGCACCAAGCCCAUCUACCCCCCUACCUACGGCCAGGCAUGCAUUGAAAUGCCCAAGGAUGACAUGGGGAGUGUCAGGUCUCCACCCAAAAGGCCUGCAAAGAAUUACCCAGGGAGGGACCUCUUCCUCUGGGCCAUCCUGCAGAACAGAAAGGAGCUGGCUGAGAUCGCCUGGGAACAGUGCAGGGACAGCAUGUGCGCUGCACUAGCUGCUAGCAAGAUCCUGAAGAAACUGGCAAAGAAGGAAGUUGAUGAGGAUGACGAGGCAGAAAAGAUGCGGGAGCUGGCUGAUUACUACGAGAAAAAGGCCAUUGGUGUGUUCAGUGAGUGCUACAGCCACGAUGUGCAGCGUGCCCAGAAGCUCCUGAUUCGAAUCUCUCCAUCCUGGGGUGGGACCACUUGCCUACGCUUGGCUGUGGAGGCUGAUGACAAGAGCUUUGUAGCCCAUGCUGGAGUACAGGGGCUGCUGACACAGAUCUGGUAUGGGGAGCUGGCAGUGGACAACCCCCAGUGGAAGAUGUUGCUGUGUAUGCUGUUCCCCCCUCUGAUCUACACGGGCCUGCUGACCUUCAGGCGUGAUGAGGACAUACACAGGGAGACUCGGCGAAAGGAGAGGACAUGCUCUGUGAAAAGGGAUUAUAUGGAGAAACCAGACCUGCAGCCGCUUACCCGUAAAUCACGUUUGGUCAGCUUCUUCAGCUCAGCACAGAUCAAGUUCUACUGGAACAUUGUGUCUUACUUUGUUUUCCUGUGGCUCUUUGCCUAUGUGCUGAUGAUCGACUUCCAGACUAAACCCUCUUGGAAAGAAUACCUGCUGUAUGGGUGGCUGGCCUCGCUUUUGUGUGAGGAGAUGCGCCAGCUGUUUGAUGAUCCUGAUGGAUUUGGCUUCCGGAGGAAGUCCAAGAUGUACAUCAAUGACCUGUGGAACAUUUUUGAUGUACUAUCGAUCCUUCUUUUCCUUAUUGGACUGGCCUGCAGGUUAACCACUGUUAUGUUCUACACUGGAAAGAUAAUCCUCUGCAUUGAUUUCAUCGUAUUCUGCCUGCAUCUCAUGGCCAUAUUCACCAUCAGCAAGACGUUAGGCCCCAAGACCAUUAUUGUCAAGAGAAUGAUGACGGACUUGUUCUUCUUCAUGUUCUUGCUGAGUAUCUGGGUGGUGGCAUAUGGGGUUGCCAAGCAGGGCAUCCUGAUCCACAAUGAGGAAAGGCUGAACUGGAUAAUACGUGGUGUGGUGUACGAGCCCUACCUCAUCAUAUUCGGGAAUCUCCCCACCAACAUUGACAAUGUGGCGUUUGACAUGAGCAAGUGCAGUUUGAAUGCAACUGACCCUCUGAAGCCAAAGUGCCCAGCUCUGAAUGCUGACUCCACACCAGUGUUCCCCGAGUGGCUCACCAUCAUUCUGCUGUGUGUGUACCUGCUGUUCGCCAACAUCCUUCUGCUGAACCUGCUCAUCGCCAUCUUCAACUACACAUUCCAGGAAGUGCAGGACAAUACUGACAGGAUCUGGAAGUUUCAGCGCUACGGAAUGAUCAAAGAAUACCACAGCCGCCCCACCCCACCCCCACCCUUCAUCUUCCUCAGCCAUGUGUACAUCCUCUUCAAGAGGGUCGUGCUCUGCAAGGACCCCCAAAAAUUCAAGCGCUUCAAGGAACAGCUGUCACUGUCGGAGGAAGAGGAGAUGCUCUCAUGGGAGGCCUUCAUGAAGGAGAAUCAUUUGGCCAAGAACCGGAGGGACCUGAGGCAGAGCAUGGAGCGCCACAUUCAGGACACUUCUGACAAGCGGCAGGAAUGGUGCAGUGGGUAGCACUGCCGCCUCACAGCAAGGAGGUCCUGGGUUCGAAUCCCCGUCGGCCGGGGCCUCUCUGUGCGGAGUUUGCAUGUUCUCCCCGUGUCUGUGUGGGUUUCCUCUGGGUACUCCGGUUUCCUCCCACAGUCCAAAGACAUGCAGGUUAGGCUGAUUGGAGAGUCUAAAUUGCCUAUAGGUAUGAGUGUGUGAGUGAAUGGUGUGUGUGCCCUGCGAUGGACUGGCGACCUGUCCAGGGUGUAUUCCUGCCUUUCGCCCAAUGUAUGCUGGGAUAGGCUCCAGCCCCCCUGUGACCCUGUUCAGGAUAAGCGGGUUAAGAUAAUGGAUGGAUGAAUGUGUUUGCUUAUC